CUAGGAGCAAAGAAAGAAGAAAGAAAAGCAUUGCUUCGUCCACGAGAGAAGAAAAACGAACAACGGUUUUAUUUAAAGCAUAUUAAUACCGAAAAAGAAGAGUACACAUAAAUUGAGUUAGUGUGGAGAGUAAACAUUGUCAGCUUCAUAAACAUGAAAACGAAGCUGCUUUUGGUAGCCAUUCAAUUUGCAUGCUUCGUUUCUGCAAUUUUCUCCUUUGGAUCUGAGACACUGUCCGUACUUUCUUUCAUAGAAAAAGAUGCCGUCACAGCAAAACCUUUCUCCUCACCUCAACCUCUUAUGGUGGAUCUCACUCUUGUUGAAGGAGCCGAUUCUAAAGGAGCUGUGUGUUUGGAUGGAACAUUGCCUGGUUACCAUUUAGAUCGUGGAUUUGGAUCUGGUGCAAAUAGUUGGCUUAUUCAUUUGGAGGGAGGAGGAUGGUGCAACACCAUCAGAAACUGUGUCUAUCGAAAAAAUACUCGUCGUGGCUCCUCUAAAUACAUGGAAAAUCAGAUACCAUUCACUGGAAUAUUGAGCAAUAAACCAGAAGAAAACCCUGAUUUCUUUAAUUGGAACAGAGUGAAAUUACGGUACUGUGAUGGGGCAUCUUUCAGUGGAGAUAGUGAAAAUGAGUCUGCACAGCUUCAAUUUCGAGGACAAAAAAUAUGGUUUGCUGCAAUGGAGGAUCUGAUGUCCAAGGGAAUGCAGAAAGCUGACCAGGCCCUUCUCUCCGGAUGCUCUGCGGGUGGGCUGGCAUCCAUAAUACAUUGUGAUGAGUUCCGUAGCUUGUUCCCAAACUCUUCCAAAGUGAAAUGUUUGAGUGAUGCAGGUUUUUUCCUUGAUGCAAUUGAUGUAUCUGGGGGACGCAGCCUGAGGAAUCUGUUUGGAGGGGUGGUUCAGUUACAGGAAGUACAAAAAAAUCUUCCACAAAGUUGUCUCAACCAACUGGACCCAACUUCGUGCUUCUUUCCUCAGAAUAUGGUCAAACAUAUUGAGACGCCAUUGUUUCUACUCAACGCAGCUUAUGAUGUGUGGCAGGUCCAAGCCAGUUUAGCCCCACCUUCAGCUGACCCCCUAGGCUCUUGGAAUGACUGCAAAUCAAACCAUGCAAACUGUAGCUCCUCUCAGCUUCAGUUCCUCCAAGACUUCAGAAAUCAAAUGCUAAAUGACGUGAAAGACUUCUCAAGCUCAUCUCAAACUGGACUAUUCAUAAAUUCUUGUUUUGCUCAUUGUCAGUCUGAGAGACAAGAGACAUGGUUUGCUGAUGACUCUCCCCUUCUUGAGGACAAGCCAAUAGCAGUUGCUGUUGGAGAUUGGUAUUUCGAUCGGGAAGUUGUCAAAGCUAUUGACUGUGCUUACCCGUGUGACAACAGCUGCCAUAAUCUGGUGUUUAAGUGAGCAAAAUUUGUUGUGUGUUACACUUUCAUCCUUGUAAUUGCAACAUUCAUUAAUUAUUAUGGAAAGACCAUUCUUGGCUGAGGAUGCAA